AUGGCACUUCCUACCACGCCUCUCUCCGCUGCAAAGGAACGUAAUACUUCAAACGCUACUUCGGUAUAUGAGGUGACGCCCACAAAACCUCUGAAUCUAAAUCAGCCACAUAGUCAGUCAUGGUUUCGCAAUGAAGAAAAUCAGGAUUUUUUACCGAUAUCAAAAGAGACACAUUCCACCGAAAGAAAUAACAGUCAGGUCAGAGCGGAACCUAGGUAUUCUUCUUCUUCGAUUCUAAAGUCUGCAUCAGAGCUUUCAUUCCAAACGGCCUACUCCUCUGGCUCUCAGGAUGGUCCGCGCAUGAUGAACGAUGACGCUGCUGAACAACGACCGCACUCAGUUUCAUCAGUAGACGAUGCAACUCCAAUAGUAGCACCAAGCUCCCACUUUGUUGUAUCCACCCCUCAUCUAAAUGCUGAUGGAGCUUACAUGGACAAAGAACAACAAUCUCCAGACAGUUUCAAUUUCGUGGAACAAAGUUCCAAAACCUCAAAGGGCUCACAAUGGGUAGGGCUAGGCCUUUCUUCCAUAGGGGAUACCGCUGGCGGUACAACAGAAAGCACACGACUGAAUGAAGAUGUGUUUCGGCAAACUGGUCAUAGAACGAACCCUGUCUCAACAUCACCAUCUAAAGUUUCUAAAUCACACCCAAAGAAUACAGCGAGUCUAAAAAGAGAAAGUAUUCAUAAUGCAUACACCAAAACUCCUGUGGAAGCUCCAAGGGUGCCAGAAGAAGAACGCACCAAUUUAGUCAAGAGUUUAGAACCCAAUGAGAUCAGCAUGUACAGCGAGGAUUCAACGUUAUCCCAGGAUGACUAUCAAUAUCGUCUGAAUGACGAAAAGACAGAUACCAGCCAGAUUGAGAGAAAGCACACAUUCAAGAAAAGCUCCGAGCUUGAGCUCGACGAAACAAAUUUAGCUUUCCUUUUCAUUGUGGCGAUACAUUCCUUCAACUCCCAAUCAUUGACAAAUCAGGACGAUGUUGCCAUCUGUUUAUCUUUUGAAAAGAACGAUGUCGCUUUUGUACAUACGGUGGAUGAAUCGGGCUGGGGCGAAGUUACUCUUAUCAGCAACCAAAAACGAGGUUGGGUGCCAUUUAACUAUUUUUCUGAUAUGAUAGGAGGCUCUACAGAACUGGGGGACAGGAUAGAACCAUCAUUGAGAGAAAACCCGCCUUUGGCUAAACUUCUUUCAUCAUCCGCACAGUUUUUAUUGCAUCCUCAAGACUAUCUUUUGCCUGACGGCUCGGGACUAAGCUUUUCUCUCAAGUAUAUCAAUGGCAUACGUGAUGGUGUGAAAUCUUUGCUCGAGAAUACCGAUUGCGUUUCCCGAUCUAAUGAGCUCGUCAAAAACAGAGUUUCCCUCAGGCGAUCCAGAAAACUGCUCCUCGCCGACUGGUACAACCUUAUGAUUAAGGCAGAUUCUUACAAGUACACAACCGAUGAGAAAAGACUCAAAACCUUGAUAAACCUCACAUUCCAGGUAAUCAAACGGGGCCACACCUUCUACUGUGUGUGGUUUAUAGAGAAGCAGGCUUUUGAAAAGGAAAAAAAGCUGGGUCUAACUAAACCCCCAAGAAAUGAAGGGGUCCUAUCUGGUGACGGUGACGCUAACGACGGAGAGCUGAAGAAGUCUGUGCAGACCCAUCUCUCAAAUUUUCGCACGUUGGAAACACCCCCAUUUGCCGUUCAGCGCCUAAACGAGGUUCAUAAUCUGUUGUUUUCGUACAUUGCCUUGAUCCUAGGGCGCAUGGAUAUGAUUGAACACAAUGGAGCCGGGUGCGAAGUGUUAGAGACGAUUGUCCACCAAAUCAUCAUUCUACUUAGAGAGCUACUCUAUAUCAGCAAAUGUUGUUCAUCUGUUGUUCAAGUCAAGUUUCCAAAGGCCCAGAGAAAUGAAAUGUCACUGGAUCAGAGCCUCGACCCUCUCUUGUCUCUAGUUUCGGAACUCGUUUCUUGCAUCAAAGUAUUUGUUGUGCGCUCAAUGAAUGACGAUUCUAGAGAUAAGAACGGUUUCAGUGGGGGCACUUUCAUCAGGGAAGAGAAGUACUUUUACACCGAUGACGGAAAGCGUUUGAUGACAAUUGUUUCCAAAAUGACUGCUUAUAUUGCUGUUGCUAUUCAGCAAUGUCAUCGCUACUUAAAAGUAUCGGGAAACUUUCAAUUAGGUGAAGAAAGGUCAUACCCUGAUCUCGAGGCAAUCAAAAUUUCGUCGGAUCAAUUCAUCAAACGUUGCUCAGUUGGACUAACCAAGAUGGUAGAACAGAGACAGGCACAGAACAAAACUUUUUCUCAUACCACAGCAGCCCCAAAAAGUCAUCCAUAUGCCCGAAAACUAUAUCGCUAUUCUCGAGUGAGAGCGGGAAGUAACGGUAUAUCAUUUUCAGGAAGUCAGCUACUUCAUGAAAUCAUACCUGAUAGUAAACCAUUUAUCGACGACAGCUCGUUUGAUAAAUAUAAACUUACAGAAAAUGAAUCGGAACAUACUGGCGGACUCGAUAUUAUCAACGAUAGAGAGCGGAUCAAAGGCGAAAUGGUUCUUGAUAGUGAUGGAAAGCUGUUGGGUGCGUCACAUCGUGCUUUGGUAUUCGUCCUUACUGAUGAGUUAGAUCACCCAAGCGACUUUCUUCUUGCGACGUAUUUGCUAAAUUAUCGCUCAUUCUCAAGUCCCUUAGAUUUUAUUGCAGAGCUUAUUGCAAGAUUCGAUAUACCAGAUAAGUCUUUUGCCUAUGAGCGGGACGGCAGGAACGGACAGUAUUCUUCAAGGUCAUCAAGGCUCAAAAACAGACGCCGCAUGGUGUGCCACGUUUUUCAAGUUUGGAUGGAAAGCUACUGGGAUUACCAAAAUGAUUUCAGUCAUUUGGCGACAAUGCUCAAUUUCUUCAACGAAGGUAUUGCCGAUCAUUUGCCGCUCGAAGCGAGGAAUCUUAUCGAAACUGCCGCAAAGCUCUUUCACAAAAUGACUGAUUCUGAAUUCCAAAACGCUUUACCCAUUUCUCAGAUUGUGCCGAAAGAUGUGAUAAUUCCUAGCAGAAACUCAAUCAUUUCGCUGGACUCUGUUGCAUCAAGCAAACGAUCAACAAUCAUUUCGGUGGACGAACAUGUGUUGGAAGAUUAUGAACUGACGAAAUUACCCUCCGGCCGGACAAGCUCAAUUUCUAUACCGCUUCCAAUGUUAAAUAUAGGGACUUCCUCCCUUUUGGGACGCAGACAAAUUGGCGAGAUGGAGCGUUUAACUCAAAACUAUCGUUCCAUGCUCUACCCUUCAGGCUUUGACUUUUCCCCUGCUGGGUCUAAAAUCGAACCUGAAUUGAUUCACAUGCUUUCCGGAUGGCAUUCACUGAUUCAAAUUUCUGCUGCACAAAUACCACCCGCGGACUUGAUUCAUAACGACCUUAAUCUAGUAGAACUGAACCCCUUGGAAGUCGCUAAGCAACUUUCGCUCGUUGAAUCAACAUUAUUCAUGGAAAUUAAGCCAGGAGAGUUGUUGAACCAAAAUCAAGGCUCGCGUAAGAAAAACGCUUCGACCUCUCCUGAUAUUGAACGCAUUGUUGAUUUUUCCAAUAUCUUGUCCAACUAUGUUAUUGAGUCUGUUGUUACGCCAAGACUGGCAUUGAAGGCGCGUGUCAACAGACUUACCGCCUGGCUUAGCGUCGCCCUUUCUUCGUUGUAUUUCAGAAAUUUCAAUACUGUUGCAACGAUUAUGACCGCACUCCAGAGCCAUGUAGUGGGAAGAUUGGCGGUGAUAUGGAAAGCAUUGAGUGACAAACAUGUUGAGCUAUUCCAUUAUCUAUCAAAGAUUAUCCAUCCUGAAAAAAACUAUAAUGUUUACCGAAGUAAACUCAAGAAUUUGACUGCGGGCUUCAUGCCCACGGGUAAUAUGUCAGCCAAGUGCCAUGUUCCCUCUGUUCCGUUCUUUGCCUUGUUUCUCCGAGAUAUGGCGAUAGUUCAGGAAGGCUUAAACGACUUCCGUGAUCCUUCUUCGUUCAGGCCCAAUCGACUAGUCAACAUUGACAAAUUUACGAGGCUCACAAAAACCAUAUCCCUUCUGCAGUUUUUCCAAGUUCCAUAUGAUGUCAACGACAGACCAAAUUUGUUAGGAAGCGGACGGGAAUCCUUUUUCAAUUUAUCCAGUAAUUCGGAUAUUGAUACGACCGGAAUAAAGCCUGUUGUACUAUUACAAAAAUUUAUACUUUAUGAGCUCUGGCGUGUCAAUGUUCUUUAUACUGCCGACAGAGACCGAGGUUACAGUCUCAGUUUGUCUUUGAGUCCUCGAAAUGAGUUGUAA